GAGGACGACACACGCAGACGCGAAGCCGGCGUGGAUCACACUGCCACGUCUGCUGCGGCGGCUCGGCGGUGUGGGGAUCGUCUCCUGUUGGACUGAGGACCGAAAAACGGAGGUCAAGCGUGAAUGGUCACCGUGGCAACAUGACAUCAUGGACGAGCAGCUCCAGCCUCCUGCUUCUCCUUGUACUGCUGAACACCAUUGACCUUUCGAUGGAAAGCGGUGCAUAUUAUUUCAAUUUAGAAUUUAUGAGGGACAACCUGGAUAAAACUAUUCCUCUCAUAGAGACAAAAGAUCCCAAGGACAAGUUGGAGUGCAGUUUGGAGCACGCAUGCCAAAAGGACAACAAUUUCUGUUACAUACUGGAAGCAUUUUUCAGAGAUGAGACAGCUACAGAGAGUCACAAAGAAAUACUUCCAAAGUGUGAGGGGAUCCCUUCUCGAAAUGUCUCUGUCUAUCAGUUCCUGUGCACGUUGGCCAAAAGUUUCAAUCUCAGUACAGAAGUUUGUGAAUCCUACGAUGCUACAUGCUCGUUCCUUUCCGGGGUCCCAUAUACCGUUACAAAUUUAACAACACCAACAACGCCAACAACAACACCAACAACAACAGCACUUCCAGAAAGAACAACACCAGCGUUACCACUGAACACCACAUCAGUGCAACCAUCUGCAAAUGCAGGCCAAUCAGCCGAUAAAAGGUCAGGCAACAACAGUACAGGUGAUACAGAUGAUAAAGGUGCUACAGUCACCUCGGAAUGGAGAAUAGCCUGCCUGUUGUUAUUGUUCGUAUGUUUCGUUCUGUUGGGUAUUUGUCUGUGGUUGUGUUACCAGAGGAGAAGAGACGCCCAACUGUUGAAUUCCAUCGCAGAAAGAAAUCAUCCAUUACUGCCAGAAAUCCAGUCAGAAGAGCCACAUGCCAGUGGAGGGGGAGCUGAAGCCACAAUUGUGAUACAGACUGAAACUUCUAUAAAUGAGCCCCCUGUUCGUAAUGGCAGCCAGUACUGAAGAGCGGACAGCCAGCGCUGGAUCUGUAUAUUCUGAAUGCUCAGCAGCUGUGGGGAGUCACAGUGUCUGGAUGUGACCGUUGCUUCAACAGGCAGGAGGACUGAGUGGCUGUGGCUUGGCUGACCCACAUUCUGAAUCUCUGAGGUGAAGCGAUUGUGAGCGAGUCGCACAACGUCAUCGAUGGAGGUUUUAGAGCACCGGAGUGUCACAAGCAGUAGUAAAAUGGACAGAUGUUUUACUAAAGGAAGGUCUAGUGUGACAAGUUGGUGUGUCUCCAAUGUUAGAUUUAAAGCAAGGGUAGGCGAUGUUGUCCAAAAGCACUUUUUGUCAUACUGAGUGAAAUGCUCCUUGCCCCCUGGGAGAAGUCAAUACAUUAUGUAUUACGGAAAAAGGUGCUAAAAAAAUCUGACAACUGUAGCGGCCAAAGGAAGGUAAAAACUCCGACCAAUCGUAAGGCACGGCCCGCUCUUAAGAAACCAAUCAGAUGCAGUGCUCCGCUGUCUGAACAGCCCCGUCUGCCCAUUCCUCGGAGAAACACAACUGAUCGGAAUGUUAUAGAUUGAAUAAGCUUUACUGUAAAUAUCUGAAAAUAGAUUGGUUUUUGCUAUGGCCAUGCUUGUAAGUCACACAUAUUGAAUUAUAACAUGAUUGUAGCGAAGUGAAAUCAUAAUUUUAUGUGAAAGAAAGGCAGCAGUGUUAUUUCGAUGUGCAAUUAAAACAUAGUUCAGGCACCAGCGUCUGGAGCUACCGAUCAGUAAUUAUGAAAUUUCCUGUAAAAGUUGAACUCAUUUUGAAAUAAGGUACACAUCGGUAGUUCAGGAUGUUUUUGUUUGUUACUGUGUGCAUUCAGAUCAUAUAAGAAGCUAUAAGGUCAAACCUUUAAUUUAUGAUUGUUAUUACUGAGCACAAAAAAGGCCAACUUUUGACCUCAAAGGUCUAAAAGUAUGACGAUGGCGCCCUCCAGUGGUUCUAGUAAUUAUGACAGCAGCUGUGUGGAGGACAAACUUGGUGUAAACAUUUUCAGAGCCGCAGUGAAUAGUUUUGGUGCCUGAACUUAACCAAACGGCAACUAUGUGACCAUAGCAAGAAUUAUUGUCAUAACAUCCAUUUGCAUCCAUAUUGAAGCAGAAAUUAACUCUCGGAUUUAAACUAACAAAGUAACUCUGCCGGAAGUCAAAUCAACUGAAAUAUUUGAGGCAAGUGAAGAAAGUAACAAAGCAGAACAGUAGAUUAGUAUCACACUUUUGAGUGGAUAGUAAAAAUGGAAAGGAUAAAUUCAUCACUAAAUUUACUAACUGAUACUCACUGGUGUGAAAUUUGUCGUUGAUAACCUUCUGAGCCAAACAAACAAUGGGGCUUGGUUUUAUCACCCCACAUCUGUGAGAAAUCUAACCUGAAAAUAAAUACUGUAUUGGGUUGAAACUCUUCAAAGAUAAUAGUUUUAUUGUGAUGAUGUAGUUUCAUCAAGUUAUUCGUGAAAAAAGUGAAUAUUUAUGUUCUCGGGAUCACGUCAUGUUGAGCCAACCAGAGCCAUCAUUUGUGUUUACUGUAGGGCUGAUUAAAUGUGAUCAACUAAAUCUUGCCAGCGGCAAGGUUUUCUGCAUGACUUCUCCCCUGAACCCUUCUUGAUUAAAAAUGCUGCUGCGUCUGCGUUUUAUGUCAGAAAGAUUUCCUAAGAUAUGCAUGUAUACAUAUAUAAUAUAUAAAGUAUAUUCUUUGGAUGUAUUCCGAACAGCAGUCAAAUAUUCUCCCAGCUUUUAGCACAUUAUCAUGCGAGAAGAACAACUUUUGAAAAGAACAGUGCAGUCUUACAGUGUGUGCGCAUCAUCAGCUCGUCAUUUCUGGAAAAUGACUUGCAGCCCCGCUCGUUUUAUUGCACCUGUGUCUGCUUUUUGAGACAUUUUUCUUGGCUUAAGUGUAAAAAUGGCACAGCAGAAGUGCCUGACUCAACGAAUGUGUUAUUUAUUUUGGUGGUUGAUUUUGCGCGCGCGCGCGUGUGUGUGUGUGUGUGUGUGUGUGUGUGUGUGUGUGUGUGUGUGUGUGUGUGUGUGUGUGUGUGAGUACAUGAGUGAAUUCACACCAGAUGUUGAAGAUUAAAAUUACAUUGCAUAACCUCAUGCACUUAUUGUUUUCGGAUUUUUUUUUUAACUGCUUUUUUGUCACUUUUUUUUAAUAAAA